AUGACGAGCAGAUUGUUAAAAAGUAGAUUUAGCAUUUCGCAAGGUAAUGGCGUAAUGCCCAAUGGAACAAGUCGAUUUACUUGCAAAGGGAAAUCGUUGUAUCACUUCAUGGGGUGCUCGACUUUCUCCGAGUACACUGUUGUCGCAGACAUAUCUUUAUGCAAGAUUGAUCCAAAGGCACCUCUUGAUAAGGUGUGCUUGCUCGGAUGUGGCAUUUCCACUGGAUAUGGAGCAGUGCUCAAAACUUGCAAGGUGGAACCAGGAAGUACUGUCGCUGUUUGGGGUCUUGGAGCCGUUGGUCUCGCUGUGAUUAUGGGAGCUAAAGCAGUCGGUGCAAAGAAAAUCGUGGCCAUUGACCUUUUGGAGAGCAAAUAUGACAAAGGUUUGUUGCUUAUGUCUAUUCUGCUUUCUAAGGUGAUUUUGGCUUCCACAAACCAGCGCACUUAUUCAGCACGACAAUUUGGUGCGACUGAUUGUAUCAAUCCAAAAUCAGUACCGGCUGGGAAAACUCUGCAGGCCUGGCUUGUCGAGCAGUUCGAUGGAGGUUUUGACUACACCUUCGAAUGCAUCGGCAACGUAAACACAAUGCGUCAAGCACUCGAGGCUGCACAUAAAGGUUGGGGUGUCUCUUGCAUUAUCGGGGUGGCAGCUGCGGGACAAGAAAUCUCGACCCGACCUUUCCAGCUGGUGACAGGAAGAACAUGGUGUGGGUCAGCAUUCGGUGGUAACAUUGCUCAUGUGACACCACAAUGCUGUUUCAGGUUGGAGAGUGUUGAAAGUGUACCCAAACUUGUCGAAGAAUACAUGGAAAAGAAAAUAAAAAUCGACGAGUUCAUCACUCAUCACUUCCCUCUCUCUGAGAUAAACGGUGCAUUUGAUGUUCUCCACAAAGGCGAAAGCUUACGCUCGUCAAUCACUUCUCCUAAAGAAGAACCCCUGGUUUUUUGUCAAUCGGAGUUGUUUGUGCAGAUGACGGCAUCAGUGGAGGAGGUUGUAGCGACUGUACUAGAGAGCAUUCAUGAUCAGAACCUGGAUGGUGAUGAAGCAAAAGCGUCAAGAAUAAAGGAGGAAGCAAACCAGUUCUUCAAAGGUAGCAUGUUUUCUAGGAGUAUGGCCUAUCUAAAAAAAGAAUUGUACGGUAGUGCUCUAGAAGAUGCCAACAAUGCCAUUUCGAUUGAUCCUUCUUACAUGAAGGGAUACUACCGUCGAGCGACAGCGAACAUGGCUUUGGCUCGGUUCAAGAAGGCGCUCGCAGAUUACGCCACUGUUGUCCGCGCUCAUCCGAAUGAUGCAGAUGCAAAACGCAAGCAUGAUGAAUGCCAAAAAAUCGUGCGGCGGAUUGCGUUCGAGAAAGCAAUAUCAGUUGACCAUGACAAGAAAAGUAUAUCGGAAUCCAUCGAUCUUUCCACAAUGAGUAAGUGUAUAUCAUUCGCAAGUAUGAGAAAAAAAAAACAUAAGCACACUUAUCAAUAUAAUAUUCUUGGUGCUUCAUCAAGACUGUCGUGA